UCUCCCUCUCCCACUGCUCUCGCGCAGUAAUCCCCUCUCAGUGGCGCACAUGCUCAGUACGGAUCGCGCUUUUGCUCUCUCUCUCUGUAAUGGCUGCGGGAUGAAGGAGGGAUGAAGUGAUCCGGGAUGCCUCUUGCCUGUGCCCGCCACACGCUGCAAUCCUCCGCCAGCAUGGCUCAUGAUCGGCCCGAGAAACGUCGCGAAGCCUAGUCCAGACGAGCCGCGAUACUUUUGCUUCUUUCAGUGCUGGUGUGAGGCUGAGUGCUGUGUGCGUCUGUGGUGGAAGAGUGGCAUGAUGGCGCUGAAGGAACGGAUGGAGGCCGUACUGAACGUGGGUCUCCGUGUGCCCAGCAUCAUGCUGCUGGAGGUGCUGUACCGCUGGGAUGUCAGCUCCUUCUUUCAGAAGAUCCAGAGGAGCAGCCUCAACAACAACCCCCUCUUUCAGUACAAGUACCUGGCCCUCUACCUGCACUAUGUGGGUUACAUCCUGAGUCUGGUUCUGCUGACCUUGCCUCGGCAGCGGCUGGUGCAGCUCUACCUGUAUGUCCUCACCGCUCUGCUGCUCUUCGCUGGCCAUCAGAUCUCAAGGGACUACGUGCGUGGUGAACUGGAGUCUGGCUAUGAGGGGGUGCUGUACCUGGAUCCUCUAUCCAUGAACCGUUUCACUACAGCACUCAUCUGCCAGCUGGUGGUGUGUACUCUGUGCUCCUGUGUCAUGCAGACCAAGCGGAUCUGGCUCUUUUCAGCUCACUUGCUCCCUCUGGUGGCCAGGCUGUGCCUUGUCCCUCUGGAGACCAUCGUUUUUGUGAACCGCUUUGCCAUGAUCUUCACUGGACUGGAAGUCAUCUACUUCCUGGCCUCCAAUCUGCUGGUGCCCUUCAACUUGGCCAAGACCGCAUACAGGGAGCUGGCACAGGUGGUGGAGGUGUAUGGACUGUUGGCUUUGGGUAUGUCCCUCUGGAAUCAGCUUGUUCUGCCAGUGCUCUUCAUGUGCUUCUGGCUGGUUCUGUUUGCCCUGCAAAUCUACACUUACUUCAGCACCAGAGACCAGCCCACCUCCAGGGAGAGGCUUCUCUUCCUCUUCCUCACCAGCAUUGCUGAGUGCUGCAGUACUCCAUACUCUCUGCUGGGAUUGGUCUUCACCGUGUCAUUUGUGGCUCUGGGGGUGCUAACACUUUGCAAGUUCUACUUGCAGGGUUACAGGGCCUUCAUGAAUGAUAACACAAUGCACAGGGGUAUGACGGAGGGCAUCACUCUGUUGAUCCUGGCAGUUCAGACUGGCCUGAUUGAGCUCCAGGUUAUCCACAGAGCUUUCCUCCUCAGCAUUAUCCUCUUCAUUGUGGUAGCUUCCAUUCUGCAGUCCAUGCUGGAGAUCGCUGACCCCAUAGUGCUGGCACUGGGGGCCUCCAGGGACAAGAGUUUAUGGAAGCACUUCCGUGCAGUCAGCCUGUGUCUGUUCCUGCUUGUGUUCCCAGCUUAUAUGUCCUAUAUGAUCUGCCAGUUCUUCCACAUGGACUUCUGGCUCCUUAUCAUCAUCUCGUCCAGCAUCCUAACCUCUCUGCAGGUGUUGGGCACUCUUUUGAUCUAUGUACUUUUCAUGGUGGAGGAGUUCAGAAAGGCUCCUGUGGAGAACAUGGAUGAUGUGAUCUACUGUGUGAAUGGCACAUACAGGCUGCUGGAGUUUCUGGUGGCGCUAUGUGUGGUGGCCUAUGGUGUGUCUGAGACAGUAUUUGGGGAGUGGACAGUGAUGGGCUCCACCAUCGUUCUAGUUCACUCCUACUACAACGUUUGGCUUCGGGCUCAGCUGGGCUGGCAGAGUUUCCUCUUGAGGCGGGAUGCUGUUAACAAGAUCAAGAGUCUGCCCACCGCUUCUCACCAGCAGCUUCAGCAACACAACGAUAUCUGCUCCAUCUGUUACCAGGACAUGAUUUCAGCUGUGAUCACACCCUGCAGUCACUUUUUCCAUGCUGGUUGCCUGAAGAAGUGGCUCUACGUACAGGAGACAUGCCCUUUGUGCCACAGUCAGCUGAAAGGUUUGCCCCAAUCUGGCCCUCCAGCCCAGGAUGUGCCUGCACAGUCGGAAGGAGCUCUGAAUGAGCCUCCUCAGCCUGAGGCCUGUCUCCAGGAGGCUCAGUCAGAAGUAUCAGCUCAGGCCUCAGGCUCUGAGCUCUUAGCUGAUGUGGAAGGUGGAGGGGAAGGGAAAGCCUUGUUGCCCCAUGCUAACAGUGGGGCCCUGUCCACUGGGUAAUGCCUGUUUGUUCCUGGCCCUUAGACCAGCCACAUCCUGUGAUGUCACACUCACCUUACACAAUGAAAGUGAAUAUGUCUGAUAUAAGCUUCACUGGGUAGCUUUGUUACCCACUGGGUGUUGUACCUCUUGCUGUAGGAGCUAUAUGCCCAUCAGACAUCCUUACAAUCAAAUCCUUGAAAGCUGUCCUUUGUAUCUGCAAACCUGUUGUCCGCUGCUGUUUCUUGCUUUCAUUUACUCCCAUCCCUGUGCAUUAUGGAGGCAGUUUGGUAACAGGAAUGCCUAAGUUAAAUGAGGGUACGUUUAACCCAUAUAUGCUUACCAUCUUCAGCCUUCAAAACUACACCACCUCCAUGCCAGCCCACUACCUAAAUCCCCCCUGCCACCCACAAGACUGCAAAACCGAGAGGUCUAGACCUUACCAACCUGAAUGUGAUCAUGUGACCCUUAAAGUCAGCGCUUUGGUGCUCUGUAAGCACCCAGCAUGUAUUUGCAAGCACGCUUUAAGCAUCCUCAAGGCAGAUUUUUUUCCCCCAGUUAUUAAUAUUUAUUUGUCUUUAGAUAUAUAUAUGUAUAUGCCACUGCAUUUGCACUAAUGUAACAUAAAGCAAUGCUCCAAAGUUGUCUUGUCAGGUACCAAAUAUUUUGGUGUGUAUGCAUUGAAACAAGUCAUAGAUACGACAUAUAGCUGUGUACAAAUGUUUGUGUAAAAAGGUUUUGAUAUGCAAAAGUACAGUGUUACGCAGCACCAGGACUUGAAUGAAGUGGCCCGAAGCUUGAAUGAGCACUUUAGUGACCUCUAGUGGUAAGAGUGGGAAAAGCUGAAGGCCACGGAUAAUGGACUGGUGCCACUAGAUGAUCAAACUCCCUGUCAUCAGUAUUAUAAAUUGGCAUUUAUUGCAUUUGUGAGCAUGACUACAUUUAACAAUGUAUGAGCGAACUUGGCAAAUGCCACUUUUUAUUUAUUUGUUUUUCAACUUAAUGAAUUUUCACACAUUUACGCAAAGAAUGUUUUCAAUAUAUUUUGCCAUUUGAAAUCUAACUUUCAGAAUGGAGAGCCUGAACCUUGCAUCAUUCUGAUUUUGUUCUCUUGUUUGCUAUUUUACUACAUGAACAUGUGAAAUGAUGUCCUGAGAACGCUGACUACUGUUUGACUUGCAGCUGAGCUCAGAUAAAUAUGCCUGAGGUUUGAUAUUACUGAACCUGAAUAUCAGAAUAAAUCAAAACCUACCGUACUAAA